AUGGGCAAGAAAUCCAAAUCGCAGUCCAAGUCGGACACCAAGGCGCCUACGACCGGCGGCCUUGCCUUCCUGAGCGGUGCCGCAUCGCUCGACGCGGGUUUGUCUUCGCUGUUCGAGAAGAGUGCUGGCCCUGUGGCAACCCCCGCUGUGAAAUAUGUCGCGUUGAAACCGAGGAAACAAGCGAAAGAGACCGAAGAUGUUGCCGCAUCUGAGGAAGACGACGCCGAGUCGGAGGAUGAAGCUAUGGAGGAUGCCCCUGAGGGCUCCGCUGAUUCAGAUGAACCAGAGGCUGAGGGAGAACAGGCUCUCGACUCCAAGAGCCGUAAGCGGAAAAGAGGAGGCGUGGAGGAUGACCUUGAGGCUUCAUAUAUGCGCCGCAUCGACAAGGAAGAGAAGAGAGCCGAGGAAAAGCGCAACGCCGAGCACGCCAAGCGCCAGAAGCCCGCUGGGGAAGAUGACCAGAAUGAUGCAUCUGAGGAGGAGGAGGAGGAGGAGGAGGAGGAGGAGGAGGAAAAGGAGGACGCCGGAUCCGAGGACAGCGACGAGGAGGAGGACAAGAAGGACCCGGUGCCCGUGCACGAGAGUAUGUCCGGCGGUGCUAAGGCCAGCGAAGUUGAGAAGUCCAACCGCACAGUCUUCUUGGGCAACGUCUCGACCGAAGCUAUCAAGUCCAAGUCGGGCAAGAAGACUCUUCUCCGACACCUGGCUUCCUUCUGCUCGACUUUGCCCGAAUCUUCUGGUCCGCACAAGGUUGAGUCGAUCCGCUUCCGCUCUGUGCCAUUCGCUAGCGGUGGCGGCGUCCCUAAGCGUGCGUCUUUUGCCCGCCGAGAGAUUCUGGACGAGACCACCACUAGCACCAAUGCCUAUGCCGUCUACACCACCAUCCAGGCCGCUCGUAAGGCUCCAGCUGCGCUGAAUGGAACUGUGGUCCUGGACCGGCACUUGCGUGUGGACAGCGUUGCUCACCCUGCCGAGAUCGACAACAAGCGCUGCGUUUUCGUGGGUAAUUUGGACUUCGUGGACCAGGAGAUAACCGAAGACGGCGAUGAUGGCAAGAAGAAGAAGGUCCGCGCUCCCUCCGAUAUCGAGGAGGGUCUUUGGCGGACCUUCAACGCCCACACCGGAGAUACCAAGGAUAAGAAGACUCCUAAGAAGAACGUUGAAUUCGUCCGUGUGAUCCGUGACCGCUCUACGCGCGUCGGCAAGGGCUUUGCCUACGUCCAAUUCUAUGAGGGCACCGGUGUCGAGCAGGCGCUUCUGCUCAACGAGAAGAAGUUCCCUCCUUUGCUUCCCCGCAAAAUCCGCGUGACCCGUGCCCGCAAGGUCAUGAAGAAGCGCGAUGACUCGGGCGGCAAGGACGCACGAUCGGGCAACUUGGCUCAUAAGACUCUUCAGGGCCGUGCAACCAAGCUGCUUGGCCGAGCCGGUGCGGCUAAGGUGAGGACAGAAGGCAAGGGCGGCAUUGCUGGCAACUCGUUUGUGUUCGAGGGCCACCGCGCCAGCGAGGGCAGCGGCCCGAGGAUGAAGGUUAAGGUGAAGAGCCGCGGCUCGAAGGGCAAGCCCAAGAACCGGAGCAGCAAGCGUGCUGCCGCCUACCGGGCUGCUGGUGGACAGAAGCCAUAG